AUCCAAACGUGAGUGUGGAAUUUCCUCUUGCACUGCCUACAUGGCAGAUGAUAUCCUUUGUGGAGAAAUCUUUACAUGAAAGUGAAAUAAAAACAGACUGGAUAGAUGGUGUUGUUGUUGGCAUGCAUGUCUUGAAAGAUGAACUAGAGGGUAAAAAGUUCACGACAACUAAAUUGGUGUUGAUUAGUGACUGUGCUGGUGAUGUUGAUGACCAAUAUGUUGAUGGAAUAAUAUAUGAGUUGAAUUCCAUGAAUGUUUCGUUUGUUGCCAUAGGUCCAGAUCUGAUACCAAGUGAUGAAGUUAGUUACGGUGAUGAAAGCAAGAAUCUGAAAAUUGGUCAGUGUACAUCAGGAGCUGUUCUGGCCAAAAUAAUUGAUGAGGUUAAUGAGUCUAAGGUGUGCAAUUUUAAUGAUGCAAUAAAGCAUCUGUUGCACCUGCAGAAGAAGAGUGUCAAACCAAACCCAUGGAAUAUAAUCUUGGAGAUAGGGCCAGGCAUCCGUAUACCAUUGACUGGGUACCGCAAAAUUUCUGAGGACACGUUACCCACUAGGGACAAAGACAGCAAUAGUGCGACGAAUGUGCGAGAAACGAGUUACUUCUUGAAUCCCGAUGCCGAUGAUGAAGACAACAUGGCUACAGGAGAAGCAGUCGAUGAAAAAGAUGUGUGUUCUGCCUACUUUCUUGGAGCAACCAUUGUGCCCACAAGUGAGGUGGACGAACAGGCAAUGUCAUAUAGUUCUCCAGCAAAGUCACUGACUGUGUUGUGUUUCACAGCGGCAGAGAAUGUGCCUCAGUACCUGUUCAUGGGCAAUGGUGUCCUGUACUUCACCCUCCAAAAUGGCAGAACAGAGGCAGGCUCUGCAUUCUCUGCUGUUAUCCAAGCCAUGCAGAAUUUAGGUAUGGUAGCUGUUGUUCGAAGAGUUUAUGAGAGUAACUAUGACCCUUGUGUGGGUGUACUCUUCCCAAAGAUUGAAGACGGAUUCGAGUAUCUCGUAUACACAGAGCUACCAUUUGCAGAGGACGUUCGUGAUGACUUGAUUCUUGAACCGUUGGAUCGAGAGAUAAAUGCACUGACACCUGAGCAACUAAAUGUUGUAGAUGAACUGAUUGAUUCCAUGGACUUAAUGGGUGCUUUACCAGAUGGAACUGAGGCAUUUAAAUCAAAUGAGAUAACUAAUAUAACUCAUCACAAAUGGUUCAGUUGCAUUUCCUACCGUGCCUUACACCCAGGAGAAAAAAUACCACCUAUGGUGGAAGAAAUAAGAGAGUUUGUUACUAGCCCUUUUGUCGAUUCAGGGCAUGUCAAUGACAUAAUCCUGAAAAUGAAAAAGACAUUCGACUUGAAGGAAGUAGUGCGGCGGCGGCGUGAAAAGGACUCUACUGACGUGAAACAAGCAGUUACAAAUGGCACAGAAUCUGAGAAACCAAAGGAUUUUGACCAGCCUGGAACAUCUGCUAUGAGCACUUCACAAGCAGCAAAGCCAAGUGGGUUUUUAGCUCACGGUAGAGUGAAGGUGGUUGGAACCACAAACCCGGAGAGUGAUUUCCAGGAAUUACUAAGUCAAGGAAAACCAUUCUCCCAAGCAUUCAACAGUAUGAAGAGUGCAAUAGAGAAGCUUGUGGAACGUUCAUUCUCACCCCAGCAGUAUCAGAAGGCCCUCUCUGCUGUCAAAACUCUCAGGAGUAAAUCUGUGGAAAUAGAACCACUCUUAUAUAAUGAGUGGAUCACUCAGCAUAAGAAAAUGCUCAAAAUGUUGAUGAAGGAAGAAUUCUGGAACAUGAUUGUUGCAGCAAAACUUGGUCUCAUAUCAUCCUCCGAGUCCGUGAGAAGUUCUGUGAGUGAAAAAGAAGCGAAUGACUUUUUCAGUGCAGAUGUUAGAGAGUCCAUAAAGAGUGAAGAUGAUGGCUUUCAAGAUGAAGAUGAUUUACUCAUGGCAUUGUGAAGAGUGCCUGGAGCACCAUAGCCAAGAUAAGAAGAAAGACAGAGGAUUUUUUCUUUGUGAUGAAAACAAGAUAAUUCUUAUGUCAGUGUUACCAGUUGUUCCUAAUCCCCAAAUGCAGCAGUAUAUUUUGAAGGUGUAAAACUAUGCAAAUAAAACUACAUAUUAUUUU